AUGGCCCUGCGCCAUCCCAAGGCCCUGGGCCUCAACAAGGGCCACAAGGUGAAGAAUGUCAGAAUGUCAGCAAGCCGAGGCACAGCCAGCAGCCUCACUGCGGGCAGGCGCCUCACCACGCACACUAAGUUCGUGCGGGACAUGACCCGGGAGGUGUAUGGCUUGGUGCCUUACGAGCUGCUAAAGGUAUCCAAGGACAAGAGCGCACUCAAGUUUAUCAAGAAGAGGGUGGGCACUCACUUCCACGCCAAGAGGAAGCGGGAGGAGCUGAGCAACGUGCUGGCGGUCAUGCGGGAGGCAGAGGCCAAGGGCUGA